AUGAUUGAUAAAAGCCUGAGAGAUGUUGUCCUAAACUUUGUAAUUGCGGGGCGUGAUACCACUGCUGCAACACUUGUGUGGGCUAUCUACAUGAUAAUAUCCCAUGAAGAUGUAGCAAACAAGCUAUACUCAGAACUAGAAAGACUUCUGAAUUAUGAUUCCUUAGGGAAACUGUAUUAUUUGCUUGCUGUGAUUACAGAAACACUUCGACUAUACCCAGCUGUUCCCCAGGUUAGAGAUUUCUCAAUUAAUUUUGUUAGGUUACUUACAUGUCUCAUGUCUGUGACUAGAAAAGAGAAGCUCAGUGGCAUUAUUGGAGAUCGUCCAACACCACACGACCAAGUGCGUUCAAGACGGUCAGCUUAUGCUCCUACAGAUGAUGGCAAAGAUGGUAGCAUCCACGAUGACAUGAACCCUAUAGAGGAUCAAAGCACGAUAUUGGAUAAACGUAAUGAUAGCAGUGACUGUAGCGAGGAUCACAAUUGCCAAAGCUGA